AUGGCUCAUUCGUCACUGACAUAUAAUGACGGCCCGAUGGUCUGGGUCGACUGUGAGAUGACCGGUCUGGACACCAACACGGACCGCAUCAUCGAGAUUGCGGUCAUCAUCACAGACGGACACCUGCGACCUGUGGACGAGGGUGUCGAAUGGGUGAUCCACACGCCCAAAGAGGUGCUCGAUGAGAUGGGCGAGUGGUGUACCGAGCAGCACGGCAAGUCUGGUCUGACCCAGGCAUGCAUCGACUCGCCGCACUCGUACGAGGAUGUUGCCGCCAAGGUACUCGAAUAUAUCAAGCGCUGGAUCCCCGAAAAGGGAGCUGGCCUGUUGGCUGGCAGUUCCGUUCACGCCGACAUGAGGUUCCUUCUGAUUGGCAUGCCUGAGGUCAUGAAGCACCUCUCGUACCGCAUUGUCGACUGCAGUAGUGAACUUGCUCGCCGCUGGUACCCAAACCUCAUCAAGCAGGAACGCGCAGCUCGCCCUUACGAGUCUGCCCACCGCGCUCUCGACGACAUCCGUGCUAGCAUUCGCGAGCUCGAGUUUUACCAAAAGAACAUCUUUAAACCCCUGGAGACUGAGCCUACUGUCCCCGAAUCUCGCGACACUCCUCUCAAGACAGCCAUCUAA